CAAAAUUCGGAGCUCAGGCUCGGGACUUGAACGCAUCACCAGCAGCUCUCAGUGUGGAGCCGGGAUCACAAACGGGCAUGUUCACAUUUAAUUUACUGCAUUAAAAGGGAGAAUGGCGGGACUGUGGAAAUCCUACCAGGUGUUGAUGGCCAAGUACCCCUGGAGUGUGCAGAUAGUGACUGCUG